CAGAAACACUAGCCGUCUCUCUGUCGCUAGGUUUCUUCACGACGGCGUACAUAACUGCUGCGUAUUUACUCCGCUGACCACCGGUAUUUGAGGAUCUUUUAACUACAUUCUUUUCACAAGUUAUUGGAUUCUUCCAUAUUUAUGUAUUUAAUGCUGAGCCCAAGCAGUUUCCUUCACAACACUCCCACCCAUCAAGUUGGUGUUACUUCAGCCUUACAUUAUAAAUUACAAAAGAGGAACUUCAACAACACCUCUUUUUCUUCAUGCUCUUCUUCUUCUUCAUGUUCAAUAAUCAACCAACAAGUUAAUCACACCAUAACUUGUCGUGCAUCCAUGGAAACUGAUUUUUCACAAAGGAAGGAGAAUGCAUCAGCUCAUGGAGUUUCUGAAACAGUUGUGGGUGUUUUAGGUGGAGGACAAUUAGGACGCAUGCUUUGUCAAGCAGCUUCCCAAAUGUCAAUAAAAAUCAACAUUUUGGAUCCUAUUUUGAUUAUGAAAGUUGCAACUGAUAUUGCUUCAAAAGCUGUUGCUUCAUUGGAAGGUGCUGGUGUGUAUGCAGUUGAGUUGUUUCUAACAGAAGAUGACCAGAUUUUAUUAAAUGAAGUUGCUUCUAGACCUCAUAAUAGUGGACACCAUACAAUUGAAUCUUGUUACACUUCACAAUAUGAGCAACAUUUGAGGGCAGUUGUUGGUCUUCCUCUUGGUGAUCCAUCAAUGAAGGUGCCAGCUGGCAUCAUGUAUAACAUUUUAGGUGAAGAUGAAGGAGAAGGAGGUUUUAUUUUGGCACAUGAGGUUAUUAGAAGGGCAUUGUGUACUCCAGGGGCAUCUGUUCAUUGGUAUGAUAAACCAGAAAUGCGAAAGCAAAGGAAGAUGGGACACAUCACGGUUGUGGGCCCAUCAAUGGGAAUUGUGGAAAAACGGUUGAAAUCAUUUGUAAAUGAAGACAAUGCAGAUGACACUCCAGUGGCUCCACGUGUCGGAAUCAUAAUGGGUUCUGAUUCAGAUCUUCCGGUGAUGAAAGAAGCUGCCAAAGUUUUGAACGAUUUUGAUGUGUCUGCUGAGGUUAGAAUAGUAUCAGCACACAGAACAGCUGAAUUGAUGUUUUCAUAUGCUUCAUCUGCUGGAGAACGAGGCAUCCAAGUUAUUAUUGCUGGUGCAGGGGGUGCAGCCCAUUUGCCAGGUAUGGUAGCUGCAUUGACACCCUUACCUGUGCGUGCUUCUGCAUUAGAUGGCCUUGACUCCCUUCUCUCAAUUGUUCAGAUGCCAAGAGGAGUUCCUGUUGCAACAGUUGCAAUCAACAAUGCUACUAACGCAGCCUUGUUAGCUCUCCGAAUCUUGGGACUUUCCGAUACUGCCCUCCAAGCAAGAAUGGCACAAUUCCAACAAGAUGCAAGAGAUGCUGUAUUGGAAAAAACCCAGAAGCUAGAAAAACUGGGUUGGGAAGAUUACGUGAAAUCUUGACCUAUUUUCCUACUAUAAUAGAUUUCUAAAUUUUAAAUUUAGGAAUAAUUUAACAAGACUCUUCACUUGGAACCUGUUUCCUUCAUCCAUAAGUUGGUCAUAUGGGGGUUAUUUUGGUCAUUAAAUUUGCACUCCAUGCCCAAUGUAUGGUUGAACAAUUUUGUUUGUGUUAUACCUUUUUAGGGCAAGUUGUAGGAAAUAGCAACAUACUUCACUUUUUUUAAUCAAACUAGGAAAUAUACUUAUAAUUUAUUACUCAAAAUAGCAGUGUAGUUGUAUUUCUUUAUCAAUAAUAGCAAAUAUGUGAUAUUUUAAGUAUUAUGCCAAUAUUGAAAUUGGAAUCUAAGUAUGUAAGC